GCAAUCACAUCGCGCCCGCAUCGUAACCGUUCGCGUAAUCACUCUCAGGAGGUCCCAUUUCAUCCAACGGCCCAAACACCGCAACGACGCGUUCAACAACGCUCUCUCUCUAUUUCUUCUUCUUCGUCAUCAAAACGAAACGCAUUAAUGCUCUCUCUUUCACACUCUCUCUUAGCCAUUACCGUUUCAAUUCUUGUUCUCCCCACCUCAUAAAUGCACAGCCAUAUCACUAUUAAUGCAUUCUUCACUUCUAUAACACUGACGCUAAAUUUAACACCUCAACAAUGCCAAGAAACCCUGUUCGAAACUCAAACAUUUCAACCACCUCAGUGCUAUUUAUUGAAACAACAGUGACAUUUCAGUGAAGCCAGAAUUCAAACUACAGCAGUAGAUAGAGGGAAGAGAGAAAAGAUGCUGCUGAUUAGAAAAAGACUAACUUGCUGCGCCAGGGAAACCAAAAUUAGCAUUGAUUAUGACGAGCCAGAUAGGAUUAUGACAUAUAAUGGCCUUGAGGGUUGCAUUCUUGAUAAUCAAUCUUAUGAAGAUGAAAGCAGAACUAGUAGAGGAGAUGGAUGUAUAACUGAUUCAUUCAAUGACGAUGACUCCAGUUGUUCAUCCAGUAAAGAUGCUUUUGAUUCAUUCUCUUCGAAAUGUUUGCCAAUGAAAAGGGAUGAACAUGGAUUGGAAGAUUGGGAACUCUCAGAAAGCCCUCAACAUUUUUAUAUGAAAGAGAAGCCUGCAUCUACCGUCCAAUAUUCAGAUGUAGAAGCCAUGAAAGAAAAGUUUGCAAAGCUGUUGCUAGGUGAUGAUGUUACAGGAGGAACUAAGGGCUCUAACACAGCUUUAGCACUGUCCAAUGCCAUCACUAACCUAGCAGUGACGGUUUUCGGUGAGUUGUGGAAAUUGGAACCUCUAUCUGAAGAAAGGAAGAACAAAUGGCGAAGAGAAAUGGACUGGUUUCUGUCUCCUACCAACUAUAUGGUUGAACUAGUUCCUGCUAAGCAAAAUGGUGCUAAUGGAGGGAUCUUUGAGAUAAUGACUCCAAAAGCCCGGGCAGACAUCGGCAUGAAUCUUCCAGCACUUCACAAGUUGGACUCUAUGCUUAUUGAGGCUCUUGACUCAAUGGUGCAUACCGAGUUUUGCUAUGCCAAGGGAGCAAGCCAGGCAGAAGGGAGGAACACAAGUGGAAAACAAAGCAAAAGAUGGUGGCUUCCAUCACCCCAAGUACCAGCAACUGGGCUUUCUGACACUGAAAGAAAGAGGCUACUUCAUCAGGGAAGGAUAGUACAUCAAGUAUUCAAGGCUGCCAAAGCUAUCAAUGACAAUGUGUUGCUUGAAAUGCCCGUGCCAUCAAUAAUUAAAGAUGCACUUCUGAAGUCUGGAAAGGCAACCCUUGGAGAGCAACUGCACAAGGUUUUGAUGGCUGAAUCUAAUUCUGGAGAAGAAAUUCUUGAAUCUCUCAAUUUGAAAUCUGAACAUAGUGCCCUAGAGACCAUUAAUAGAUUGGAAGCUGCUACAUUUUCAUGGAAAGAGAGAGUAAAGCAAGAACAAAAUGGCAGAUCCCCACUACGAACCUCGUGGUCUUUCAAGAAAGACCCUGUGUCAGGUAUGGAUAAGAUGGAAACAUUGUUGGACCGUGCAGAAACACUUAUAAAGCAGCUUAAAACCGAAUACCCAAAUCUUCCUCAAACAUUUCUGGAUGCUGCAAAAGUUCAAUAUGGCAAGGAUAUUGGGUAUUCCAUUUUGGAAGCAUAUUCCAGAGUUCUUGGAAAUUUAGCCUUCAGCAUCCUAUCAAGAAUAGGAGAUAUAUUGCAGGAGGAUGCUUUAAGCAAUCCCAAUUCCCCUAUGAGUAUGACUACAAGUUGCUCUCCAGUGAUAAAUCUUUUUGAGGUUACUAGGGUGGUUGGUUCACAUAUCAGGCACUCAUUAAUUGAUAAGAUGAACAAGACAGAUGUGAAGAAUUGUGAUUCUGAUUCAGAACCCUCAUCUGUUGAGGCAAAACCUGACUCAGUAACCGCCACACCAAGCCGUGGUUGAGUGUAGUGCAUUACUGGUAGAGAGGUUUGUAAAUGUGCACCCCCUCAAAAUUCCCCACAGUAGCUUUUGGUAGCUCACUCUUGUACAUGUAAUUUAUUGUUAUUCCUUUAUGCACUCUUCGAAUAGAAGCAAACUAGCAAGUUUGCCUUCCCAUAAAUUUUGGAUGGUUUUGUCUUCAAGACAAAUUUGUAGCUUGUGGCUAACAAUUCUGACCAUUUGUGGUUGUAGAUCCCAGCUUCUUUCUUGCUA